UCAUUUCCUGUUGACGUUCGAUUUCCCGCGCUGGUUUCAGAUUUUGCGGGAGAAGUCAGCUAUCAUUGAAAACUAAGAGAAACAUGUCGACUUCAGAUUAUGAUGCAGCUUGUUUACCUGACUUGUUGCCGCUUUAUUACCGCAGAAUUUUCCCGUUUCCACAAUACUAUCGCUGGUUAAGUUAUGGCGGAGUGUCUAAAAACUACUUCCAGAACCGCGAAUUUUCCUUCACCCUGAAAGAUGACAUUUAUGUGAGAUAUCAGUCGUUUAGCACUCAGAAUGAGCUGGAGAAAGAGAUGCAGAAAAUUGUUCCAUACAAGAUUGAUAUUGGAGCAGUCUACAGCCACAGGCCCAGUCAACACAACACUGUGAAGUCUGGAACCUUCCAGGCCCUGGAGAAAGAGCUGGUGUUUGAUAUUGACAUGACAGACUAUGAUGAUGUCAGACGUUGCUGCAGUGCUGCUGAUAUAUGUUCAAAGUGUUGGACGCUGAUGACCAUUGCUAUCCAUAUUUUGGACCGGGCACUGCGGGAGGACUUUGGAUUCCAGCAUCUUCUGUGGGUGUACUCGGGCAGGAGAGGAGUGCAUUGCUGGGUUUGUGAUGAUGCGGCUAGGAAGCUCUCGGUGGCGGCGCGGUCUGCCGUGGCAGAGUACCUCAGUUUAGUCAAGGGUGGUGAGGAGACGGUGAGGAAAGUUGUGCUAUCGGAUCCAAUCCAUCCUUUCAUUAGUCAUUCUCUGACUGUCGUGGAACGCUAUUUUCCACAGUAUGCCAUUGUGGGACAGGACAUACUGGGCAGUAAGGAGAGUGUAGACAAAGUGCUCGGUCUGCUACCUGAAGAUAUCAGAAAGGAGCUGAUGACUUUUUAUCAGAAUGAGAAGAACCCAAUGAAGCGAUGGGACAUACUCUGUACUUUGGUCGAAAAUAAAAGGUCGAGCAGUAGGAAGGGUGGACAGUACUUCAAUAAGGAGAUCAUGCUGCAGUACUGUUACCCACGCCUGGAUGUAAACGUCAGUAAAGGAGUCAACCACUUACUGAAGAGUCCAUUCAGUGUACACCCCAAGACAGGUCGAAUCUCUGUGCCAAUUGAUCUGAAAGAACUGGACACAUUUGAUCCUUUUGAGGUGCCUACAAUAAGUCUGAUUUGUGAGGAGCUGGAGAAACCCAGAGCAGAUGAAGGUAAGGAAGAUGAAAUUCGGGACAAAGAGAAUGAACAAGAUGCUGGAGAACACCGCAGAAUCAGAGACUAUAAGCGCACCAGCUUGGCCAAGUAUGUCAAGAUCCUCGAUCGGUUUUUGGAGGAAAUGGCUCGGUCUCGAAAAGGAGAGAUGUUAAGAAAGAGUGAUCUUCAGAAGGAGUUCUAAGUGAAGAGCUGGGACUUUACAACAAGGAAUCAGCAGCUCAGCAGAACACAUUUACACUUUGGUCUGCUCACUCUGCUUUAGAAUAUAGAUGCUUAGAACUAAGAACUAAGGCAAUUUUUGACUCUGAAACUUUCCAUUGGUGGAUCUUGUAGAAACUGUUGAAAUUAUGAAAUAUUUCCAGUUUCUCUUCGAAAAAGAAGAGAAACAUUUUAUAUAUAUAUAUAUAUAUAUGAUUUUUUUUUUUUAUUCAUGUCAUUCUCUAAUAUUUGUAACUUUAUUUUCUGUUAUUAUUUCCUGAUUUUUGUUCAUUAAAAUAACUUGUUCAAGA